AUGGCCUUCACGAUCGAGGAAUACCUGUACAGCGGUCUUUACUAUGGGUUCUGUAUCGCUUUUUGCGCCAUCGCCUACAUUGGGGCCAUCGUUCUCUACCGCCUGUUCCUAAGUCCUUUGGCUAAGUUCCCUGGUCCUCGCCUGGCAGCCGCGACUGGUCUGUACGAGGCAUAUUUCCAACUAGUCAAGGGAGGGGUAUUCACCUGGAAAAUAGAUCGUCUCCAUAGAGAGUAUGAUAGCCCAAUCAUUCGAAUCAAGCCAAACGAGCUGCACAUCAAAGACCCCAAUUACUACAGCACGCUCUACGCUGGCCCGGGAACGCAUCGCAACAAAGACCCCUGGUUCAGCUUCAUCUCCUACCCGGAGUCGAUCUUUUCCACCGAGGGACAUGCGCUACAUCGCGACCGCCGAAGGGUCCUGGGCCAGUUCUUCAAGAAGAACGCCGUCUUCCAGUUUGAACCGGCCAUCCGCGCGAACGUGCGAUCGCUGUGCCGGCAUUUCUCGGCCCUGGCGAGCAGCAACGAUUCUUUAGAGCUACAUGCCGCCUUUCAGUGUUUCACCUGCGACACGCUGUCCCAAUACUGCUUUGGUACGCAGGUGGGAUCUCACUACCUGGAUCAGCCCGCGUUAGUGGCGACUUGGAAAACCCGUAUCAAUAACCUGUUUGAAUUUUGCCGGCUCAACCGACAGAUUCCCAUAUUAUCCUACAUCGCACGCAUUUUUCCCGGUCUUGUGACAUACUUUGUGCCUUCGUAUGGUCAUGUUCAUGAAUUUGAGAAGGAAGUCCGAGAUUGGGUCCAUCGCGCAAUCGAACAGCACAGACUCGCUGGCGGAAAGGAGCGGCCAACGGCCAUUUAUCCAGCUAUCCUUGCUGAUCCCCUUGUCUCUGCAAGCGAGAAGUCGUCCGCACGCCUGGAGGACGAUGCCAUGUUUCUCAUGAUGGCGGGCACGGACGCCCCGUCACAGGCUAUGGCCAUCAGCAUCUUCCAUAUUCUCAACAACCAUGCUGUCUAUAAGAAACUAAAAGCAGAGCUAUUCACGAACAUCCCCGAUGUGGCUUCCAUGCCGACCGUGGGGUCCCUGGAACAACUUCCAUAUCUUAGCGCAACCAUCAAGGAGGGCCUUCGUCUGUCUUCCAUUGUGACGACUCGUCUUCCCCGUAUCGCACCGGAUGAGGAUUUGCAGUAUCAGCAUUGGCAGAUUCCCUCUGGAACACCAGUAAGCAUGUCGACGUAUUUCAUUCUCAGGGACCCGGACAUCUUCCCUAGUCCCACCGAAUUUAUCCCUGAACGCUGGUUGCUGGACCCUGAGGGCCUCCAGAGUCUUCAAAGAUAUCUCGUUCCGGCCUCUAAAGGAACGCUAGGCUGCUUGGGACAGAAUAUGAAUUUGGUGUGGAUGAAACUCGUACUUGGGACACUGCUUCGGCGGUACAACCUUGCCCUGCACGACACCACUGAGAAGAACGUCGAGAUGACCCGCGACAAUUUUAUCGGACAGACUGAAAGGGGCAUGAAUAAUGUGUAUGUCAAAGUUCUGGAAGAGCACAGUCAUUAG